CUCCUCACCAGCAGGGGAGUAUCUGGCGUUAAACGGACUCCAGGAACGCAAAUUGGACCUCAUCCGCGCACAUGUCGCUUUAAGCAGAACAUUAGUUGGCAGCGGGAGAAGAAACGAUCCAAUGCGUAAAAAGGCUGUCCCUUUUGGAGGACGCACACACUUUCUCCCUGCACGGCGCUGAUGCGACGGGGGGGGGAGGACGCAGCUUCAAUUCAUGCAAAUUGAUCAAAUCAUAGGCGUGCCUUGGAGCGAUGGAGCCGGAAAAGCCAAGCAGCUGGUGGAUCAUAACGCACCUUCAACGCGUGUGAUGCGCACUGACUCCACGUCCGUGGAUCGUCUUCUUCACUCCAAGUGCGCAACUUGUGGAUCCGCGACUCACUAUCCGUGUUCAACACCCACUCGUAAAAAUGCAGAUAAUCGACGCGCUUCCAGUCACUCCACGGACCUGACUUCGUGCGUAAAUACGCAUCCGAUCCAGUUUCCUUCCAGUUCCUCCACGGCAUUCCGCAGCGUCACCAUGUCCGAGGGCGGCAGCGGCUCAAACGGCAGCCGUCUUCCCGCCGCGGAGGGCGGCAGCGUCAGCGUCCUGAGCUGGGAGCAAGUGCAGCGCCUGGACGCCAUACUGACGGACACCAUCCCCAUCCACGGACGGGGGAACUUCCCCACGCUGCAGAUGCAACCCCGGCAGAUUGUCAAAGUGGUGCGCAGCAGGAUGGAAGAGAGGCAGAUCCGCGUCCGGGACGUCCGGUUAAACGGGUCCGCGGCCAGCCACAUUCUGCACGGAGACAGCGGACUGGGCUUCAAAGACCUCGACCUCAUAUUCUGCGCAGACAUGAAAGGAGAAAGUGACUUCCAGAUAGUGAAGGACAUUGUUCUGGACUGUCUCUUGGACUUUUUACCUGACUGCGUAAAUAAAGAGAAGAUUACACCUUUGACUUUAAAGGAAGCCUACGUGCAGAAGAUGGUGAAGGUGUGCAACGACUCGGACCGCUGGAGCCUCAUCUCCCUCUCCAACAACCGGGGCAAGAACGUGGAGCUGAAGUUUGUGGACUCUCUGCGCCGUCAGUUCGAGUUCAGCGUGGACUCCUUCCAGAUCAAGCUGGACUCCCUGCUGCUCUUCUACGAGUGCUCGGAGAACGCCAUGACCGCCACGUUCCACCCCACCAUCAUGGGCGAGAGCGUGUACGGCGACUUCGGCCAGGCCCUGGACCACCUGCGCCACAAGGUCAUCUGCACCCGCAACCCGGAGGAGAUCCGCGGCGGCGGCCUGCUCAAGUACUGCCACCUGCUGGUGCGGGACUUCCAGGCCGCCUCGGAGUCGGAGAUGAAGUCGCUCCAGCGCUACAUGUGCUCGCGCUUCUUCAUCGACUUCCCCGACAUCGGCGAGCAGCAGCGCAAGCUGGAGUCCUACCUUCAGAACCACUUCGUGGGCCUGGAGGACCGCAAGUACGACUACCUGAUGACGCUCCACGGCGUGGUCAACGAGAGCACGGUGUGCCUCAUGGGACACGAGCGGCGGCAGACCUUGGGGCUCAUAGCCAUGCUGGCCGUGCGGGUCCUGGCCGAGCAGAACGUCAUCCCCAACGUGGCCAACGUCACGUGUUUCUACCAGCCCGCGCCGUACGUGGCGGACGGCAACUUCAGCAACUACUACGUAGCGCAGGUGCAGCCCGUGUUCGCCUGCCAGCAGCCGGCCUACUCCACCUGGCUGCCCUGUAACUGAGCCGGCACGGAGUCCAGGGCGGCGGAAGGGGGGGAAGAACUCGGCAUUUUUCCACAAAUGUUUUUGCAUCCAAGCUGGUGUUUGUGUUCAUACGGCGAGUAUGAAUGCAUGCGGUUCAAGCGCAUCAUUCAAUGUGAAUAAAAGAAAAUUCUCAAAAGGGCCUUCAGAGCGCGCGUGUGGGACUGCGCUCGGCAAUCAGGAGCCCAUUAGUGCACGAGCACUCUGAACCCGCAUCUCCUUUUGCAUUUGGGUAUACACAUGGUUGUUACAGACCAAAGAUUUUACAUUCUUUACAAUAAAACCCUGUUUUUAAGGGGGGGAAUUAAGUGCAAAGCUCUAUACUAUCUAUGUGUGUGUUUAAGUGCCUAUUACCCUUCAGACUGAGCAGGCCAUAGGGGUCAUUUUUCAUGUGAAUUGGCACCACUUUUCUUGAUAGGGCGUCUGAGAGCGAUGGUGCACAGGUUUUUAUGUGAAACUGACAGUUAGAAAAUAUUUGGGUUUGUCUGCACGGUGGAAAAGUUCAGUUAAAGUUAAAGUACCAAUGAUUGUCACACACACACUCGGUGUAGUGAAAUUAUCCUCUGCAUUUGACCCAUCACCCUUGUUCACCCCCUGGGAGGUGAGGGGAGCAGUGAGCAGCAGCAUUCUUGGUGAUUUAACCCCCAAAUUCCAACCCUUGAAGCUGAGUGCCAAGCAGGGAGGUAAUGGGGUUUAAAGUCACGACCUACCGAUCUCAGGGCGGACACUCUAACCACAAGGACCACUGAGCAGAUUAGGAACAGGGGUUAGUGCAUGUGCCUCACAAUACAAAGGUCCUGGGUUUGAUCCCCGUGUGGAGUUUGCAUGUUCUCCCCGUGACUGCCUGGGUUCCCUCCGGGUACUCCGGCUUCCUCCCACCUCCAAAGACAUGCACCUGGGGAUAGGUUGAUUGGCAACACUAAAAUGGUCCCUAGUGUGUGAACUAUCUGUGUUGGCCCUGCGAUGAGGUGGCGACUUGUCCAGGGUGUACCCCGCCUUCCGCCCUGAAUGCAGCUGAGAUAGGCUCCAGCACCCCCCUGCACCCCCGAAAGGGACAAGCGGUAGAACAUGGAUGGACUAAAUUGGCCCUAGUGUGUGAAUGUUGUCCGUCUAUCUGUGUUGGCCCUGCAAUGAGGAGGCGACUUGUCCAGGGUGUAGCCCGCCUUCCGCCCUGAAUGCAGCUGAGAUAGGCUCCUGCACCCCCGAAAGGGACAAGCGGUAGAACAUGGAUGGACUAAAUUGGCCCUAGUGUGUGAAUGUUGUCUGUCUAUCUGUGUUGGCCCUGCGAUGAGGUGGCGACUUGUCCAAGGUGUAGCCCGCCUUCCGCCCUGAAUGCAGCUGAGAUAGGCUCCUGCACCCCUGAAAGGGACAAGCGGUAGAACAUGGAUGGACUAAAUUGGCCCUAGUGUGUAAAUGUGAGUGUGAAUGUUGUCUGUCUAUCUGUGUUGGCCCUGCGAUGAGCUGGCGACUUGUCCAGGGUGUAGCCCGCCUUCCGCCCUGAAUGCAGCUGAGAUAGGCUCCAGCACCCCCCUGCACCCCCGAAAGGGACAAGCGGUAGAACAUGGAUGGACUAAAUUGGCCCUAGUGUGUGAAUGUUGUCUGUCUAUCUAGUGUUGGCCCUGCGAUGAGGUGGCGACUUGUCCAAGGUGUAGCCCGCCUUCCGCCCUGAAUGCAGCUGAGAUAGGCUCCUGCACCCCUGAAAGGGACAAGCGGUAGAACAUGGAUGGACUAAAUUGGCCCUAGUGUGUAAAUGUGAGUGUGAAUGUUGUCUGUCUAUCUGUGUUGGCCCUGCGAUGAGCUGGCGACUUGUCCAGGGUGUAGCCCGCCUUCCGCCCUGAAUGCAGCUGAGAUAGGCUCCAGCACCCCCCUGCACCCCCGAAAGGGACAAGCGGUAGAACAUGGAUGGACUAAAUGGUCCCUAGUGUGUGAAUGUGAGUGUGAAUGUAGUCUGUCUAUCUGUGUUGGCCCUGCGAUGAGGUGGCGACUUGUCCAGGGUGUACCCCGCCUUCCGCCCUGAAUGCAGCUGAGAUAGGCUCCAGCACCCCCCUGCACCCCCGAAAGGGACAAGCGGUAGAACAUGGAUGGACUAAAUUGGCCCUAGUGUGUGAAUGUUGUCUGUCUAUCUAGUGUUGGCCCUGCGAUGAGGUGGCGACUUGUCCAGGGUGUAGCCCGCCUUCCGCCCUGAAUGCAGCUGAGAUAGGCUCCUGCACCCCCGAAAGGGACAAGCGGUAGAACAUGGAUGGACUAAAUUGGCCCUAGUGUGUGAAUGUUGUCUGUCUAUCUGUGUUGGCCCUGCGAUGAGGUGGCGACUUGUCCAGGGUGUACCCCGCCUUCCGCCCUGAAUGCAGCUGAGAUAGGCUCCAGCACCCCCCUGCGCCCCCGAAAGGGACAAACGGUAAAACAUGGAUGGAUGGAUGGACUAAAUGGUCCCUAGUGUGUGAAUGUGAGUGUGAAUGUUGUCUGUCUAUCUGUGUUGGCCCUGCGAUGAGGUGGCGACUUGUCCAGGGUGUAGCCCGCCUUCCGCCCUGAAUGCAGCUGAGAUAGGCUCCUGCACCCCCGAAAGGGACAAGCGGUAGAACAUGGAUGGACUAAAUUGGCCCUAGUAUGUGAAUGUUGUCUGUCUAUCUAGUGUUGGCCCUGCGAUGAGGUGGCGACUUGUCCAGGGUGUACCCCGCCUUCCGCCCUGAAUGCAGCUGAGAUAGGCUCCAGCACCCCCCUGCACCCCCGAAAGGGACAAACGGUAGAACAUGGAUGGACUAAAUGGUCCCUAGUGUGUGAAUGUGAGUGUGAAUGUAGUCUGUCUAUCUGUGUUGGCCCUGCGAUGAGGUGGCGACUUGUCCAGGGUGUACCCCGCCUUCCGCCCUGAAUGCAGCUGAGAUAGGCUCCAGCACCCCCCUGCACCCCCGAAAGGGACAAGCGGUAGAACAUGGAUGGACUAAAUUGGCCCUAGUGUGUGAAUGUUGUCUGUCUAUCUAGUGUUGGCCCUGCGAUGAGGUGGCGACUUGUCCAGGGUGUACCCCGCCUUCCGCCCUUAAUGCAGCUGAGAUAGGCUCCAGCACCCCCACCCGCGGCCCCGAAAGGGACAAUCAGUAGAAAAUGGACGGAAUUGGUAUGGUUCCCACAUGUCAGUAUGCAAAUCCACACCCCUUUUGUUUAUGUGGUCUUUGGCGGACCCACGCUCCAAACACCAUACUGUAGUAACCGGGGAUGAGAAACGGCGAGUGUGCGCGCUCUUCUACGUUUCCCCGCUUGAAGAAUAUUUGCCGUGACACCUCAAGAUGACGAGACUUAUUUGCUGUAGCACCCUGACCGGGAAUUCCUCAGCCGCUGCUCAAGAGCUCCUAGUUUAGGCUUGCCUCUCUGAGAACACCAAAGGUUUUUUUUUGGGUUUUUUUGGUGACCGGCUGGUAGCCUUUAUGUUGAUAGGCCGGACAUUUGUGGCGGUAAAACACCUACCAUGUGUUCUUUCGUGUACUUAGGGGUGCAGGAAACAGACAGAAGUGAGACAUUAUCAAAAAAAUAAAAAUACAAAUAAAUAAAAGGCAGAAGGAAGGAAAUGGGAGAGAUGGGUGCAGCUGGUGAUGGGGUUGAUCUCUCCAGGGCUACCAAGCUUGAUUCUGAUUUCACAUCUUAAGGACUUUUUUUUUUUUUUUUCUUCUUUGCUUUUUUUUUUUUAUCAUCUAAAAACAGUCGUUGCUGCGACUUGUUGGAAAAAGCUCCAUUCUUUGUACAUAUAUGAAUACACGCUUCAGCUUUGCCAACUCCACUUCAUGCCGCAGCCUCUCCUGCUGGUAUGUAAACAAAGUGAGUCACGACUUUUGAAGAGCAGAACCAAGCCGAAACUGCAAUAUUUCCUUUAUCGUCCUUUUUAGCCCACAUACUUCUUCUCAGUGAUUGUCUUUGUUGAUUGUGCGGGCGUCGUAUUGCCUUUUUUUGUUGUCGUUUUUGCCGAAGUCUGUUAGUGAUUGUGCCUAUCAAUUAGAGAUGGUGGAUUGUCUCAUACAAAAUACACUUCAUGUUCCUCAUGGUGCAGUCUUUUACAAAAACACACAGGGAAAAGAUAAAUGAAGAUCCUUGUCUUGUACGUCUAUUUUUAUGAGUGUUAUGUUGUUUUUUUUUGGUUGUUUUUUUAAAUAUCUAUAAAUGUAACAGAGGCUGCACUUGUUGCAGCUCUCUGGAAUCUGUGAUUGGGCUUCGAUGGAUUUGUUCUCAAUAGCGUUUAGCUAUGUAAUGUCACGUGUCCAAUGGGUCAGAAGAUGUUUUCAUCAAUAAAAUAUAUGAAAAUCA